UGCUCCUAGGCGGCUCGGUGGGGCAAACACAUGAAUCGUAGCUGCGGGCAGGAGGGAUAUCAGGUGCAUCUCUACGCCCCGAGGGCUCAACUCCUACACUUAAACCCCUCCCACUGGAACUGCAGGCUCCAGUUUCAGCCGGCGAGCGAGCGUGAGAACAGGUCCUGCUCUCGGGCACCGUCAGCCACCAGCUCCCGACCCGACUGCUCCCAGCACGGCCUGUCUCCGCGCACGGCUCCAGCGAGCAAGACGUCCCUGGCCGGACGCUCAGCACGGGCCGCGGUCUACAGAGAAGCCGGGGAGAGCAAGCGAAGGAGAAGCGGCCCCGGCAGAUCUUAAUUAGACAGGAGCCAGCAGGGAUCGGACCGGCGAGAGCAGCAGUGCUCACACCGCGAGAAAGAACAUGAGUCUUCUCAAAGAGCGGAAACCAAAAAAGCCGCACUAUAUCCCCAGGCCUCCAGGAAAGCCCUUCAAGUACAAGUGUUUCCAGUGUCCUUUCACUUGCAACGAGAAGUCACACCUUUUCAACCACAUGAAGUACGGUCUCUGCAAGAACUCUAUCACUCUGGUGUCAGAGCAGGACCGCGUCCCUAAGUGCCCCAAAUCCAACUCCCUGGACCCCAAGCAAGCGAACCAGCCAGACGCGGCCGCAAAGCCCACCUCCGCCCAGCCUGUCGCGAGCGGGCUCCCACACUUCGAUGUCAAGCUCCAGCAAAGCCUUGCCAAGGACGACGUGAAGGAAAACCUGGACCUGCACGCACGUGGGCCCCAAAGGUGCCCAGGACAGAAGCCUGCUCUCCAUGAGGAAGCAGCUCCCCUGAGUCCAGCUCCAGAGGCCGGCAGGGGCACCCAGCCCGUUCUGGAAGGCAUCGCGCGGCCCUCGGCGUUUGUGCCGGUGGGAGAGCACAGACUGAAAGGGCCAGAACGCACGGGGGCUCCUGAGCUGCUGGCACUGCCCAACCCCACGGCCAAAGCCACCUCCUUCCACACCAAGUCUGCAUUCCAUGCUCCCGGCUACCCGUGGAAAGCCGGCUCACCUUUCCUCCCACCUGAGUUCGCACACAAAAUCCCUUCUACAAAGGGGUUUGGUGCCAUUUCUCCUUACAUGCAGCCCGCGAUCCCGGAGUACUCACCACACUUUUACACAGAGCACGGACUGGCCACCAUCUACUCACCCUACCUACUCGCCGGGAAUUCACCCGAAUGCGAGGCCCCCCUGCUCUCCGUCUACGGGGCCCAAGACCAGAGGCACCUGCUGCCUCCCCCGGGACCAGUCCCGAAGCACUUGAACCCCCCCUCGGCAUAUGACCAUUACAGGUUCUUUCAGCAGUAUCAUCCCAACCUGCCAAUUCCUUAUGGGUUUUACAGACCAGAGUCUGCUUUCUCCUCCUACGGUCUCAGACUCCCACCCGUCGCGGGUAUUUCCAGAGAUCAAAGCUCUCACCUACUGGAAGAAGCCGCCCUGCUCUACCCAGCCUUGAGUCCAUCCAAGUCAAGUCCUUCCAGCACCCACAAAAAACACACCGAGUUUGAGAAGGACAGCCCAACUCCUGAGGCUAAAGAUUCCUCCAAAGACGGGCAAAGGGACACAGAGGGAACCAAAAUGAGCCCUCGAGCAGGCAGCGCAGCCACAGGCUCCCCAGGAAGGCCGAGUCCCACCAACUUCACACAGACAAGUCAGCCGUGUGCAGAGCUGUGCAGCCUCUCAGACAAGCCAACCUCCAGCGCCCUGGGAAGGCUUCAUCAGCCUGAACACAGCCUCACAGCCUUCAAGCCCGUCAAGAAAAGCACAGAGUGCCCACAUUCCCAAGCUCUGGAAAACAGAGACGAGUCUGCAAAAAGCCUUGACGCCAUGAACGGAGAUGCCCCAGCUGAGACGGGAAGUGUCUCUCGUUGUCCGGAGGCCACACCUUCCAGCCCAGAGGACAGCUCCCGGACAGCUCCGCUGAACCUCUCCAAGAAACCCGAGGCUAGAGCGGCCACGCGCAGCCCGGUGUACAAGGAGUAUGCGGAGCUGCAGGACAUGCCCCUGAACCUCUCGGUGAAGGACCCCUGCAACGUCCUGACCCGGCGACCUUCCCUCCACAGCCCACCUCGACAGGCAGAACCUGCCACCGCAGCUGCUCACAACACAGAGAUGGGAAGUUCCGAAGAUGGGCCAGACCACACCCUGACAGACCAAACUGGCCUGGACGCUGCUGAGGGGCCAUCAACAGCCCCUGCUGUGAAGGCCCAGGACACGAGAGCAGUGGACAGCAGUGACGAGCAGAAGCAGACAGCGGCCGUGGCCCUCUGCCAACUGGCGGCCUACAGCCCGGGGAACGUCCGGAUGAGCGACGGGGAGCCCACAGCCCCGGAGUCCACCUGCCAACAAGACGCGCCCACUCUCAGCACCACGGAGAGCCAGGAGGCUCAGUGUGACCUCAGACCCAGAGGGCAAAAGCGGACAAGUCCGAGGGAGGCCGGGAAGUCGCAGCAAGGAACUAAGAAGACGAAGCAGAGCGACACAGCCAGAGUGUUCACUCUUCGGAAAAGAACACGGGUAUCUUAGGGCCCAGCUCUCGCAGGGAGCAGAUGUGACUUCCAAAGGAGGUCACGGCAGCAGCCAAUCUGGUACCUUUGCUCUAUCUGGUCAAUUCUGACAACACAGUUUCUUUUUUCUUCUAAGAAAGAAAGAAAGAAAGAAAACCAUGAACUUCAGUUCAGUUUCUGUAAAUAUUAAGCAUAAAUAUUCAAAAGUGUUUCUACUUUUGGUUGUAAAAAUAUUUAAAUGACUCAUACUCUUAAGACUGAGGAGUUAAACACUGCCUUUUGUUUUUGUAAAAUGUCAACUGAAUACACAGACUAAAAGACAGCUUUUAGGUGUAUGCCAUCUUAUAGGAAAGCUUUUAAAAAUACUUUUCUUAUACGUACCUUAGCACUAAAACAAACUGCUUUAACUGUUCUGCUAUCAAAUCUACUGUGUGUUUUCAAGUAAGUAACAAUUACUGAAAAAAAAAAAAAAAAAAAAAACACGCCAGGAGAAAACAUUUCCAGCACUGUCAUUAAAGUGCCCUGUGUAAAAA